GACAACAAUGACGAAUGGCAUCCAGGACAUCAUCACACCGUCUCUGCAAGACCGAGCUGAGAUGCUCUGGGAAGAGCUUAUACAAGGAGAUGAGCACCCCAGGUUCCAGUUGCUUUUAAUGAUCCUGUGCCCCCUGCGAUAGAACAAACGGAUUGUGCAGUUUCCAAAGAUGAGCCUGUGCAGAAUCGGAGUUUGAGCAGAGGAGUGGGGAGAGGGCCUUCAUUUGGAGAUGAGAGGCUAUUGAACUGUGAGCACUGUACCUGUCAGGGAGGAAUUUAAGAAGGAGGCAUCUAUUACAGUCCUGCUGUGUCCCACUAUAAGUGCUUCUUCAGCUGCUGGCGGGGAGGAAGGUUAAUAAUGCUUGUGGGCUAGAGGUGAAAGUGGCUGGGCAGAGCAACAUCAGGAAGGCCACCAGACUGGAAGAGCACAGCUGACCCCACACCAACUAGGGCAGCUGUUGAGUGGGAAGCAUGGAGGAAAGCAGGAACGAGAAGGUGAACCAAGCCCACAUUCUCUUCGACAGAUUUGUCCAGGCCACAACCUGUAAGGGGACUCUGAAAGCUUUCCAAGAGCUUUGUGACUACCUAGAGCUAAAGCCCAAGGACUAUCGUUCUUUCUAUCAUAAACUCAAGUCCAAGCUCAACUACUGGAAAGCCAAAGCCCUCUGGGCCAAGUUAGACAAGAGGGGCAGCCACAAAGACUAUAAGAAGGGGAAAGCAUGCGCCAACACGAAGUGUCUCAUAAUUGGGGCUGGACCCUGUGGCCUUCGUACAGCCAUCGACCUGUCCUUACUAGGAGCCAAGGUAGUGGUCAUAGAAAAGCGGGAUGCCUUCUCUCGCAACAAUGUGCUGCACCUGUGGCCAUUCACCAUACACGACUUGCGGGGCCUUGGCGCCAAAAAGUUCUAUGGCAAGUUCUGUGCAGGAGCCAUCGACCACAUCAGUAUCCGUCAGCUCCAGCUCAUCCUCUUGAAGGUUGCCUUGAUCUUGGGAAUAGAGAUCCAUGUCAAUGUGGAAUUCCAGGGGCUUGUCUAUCCCCCUGAGGACCAAGAGAAUGAGAGGAUAGGCUGGCGUGCACAGGUCCACCCAAAAACGCACCCGGUGUCAGAGUACGAAUUUGAAGUGGUCAUUGGAGGAGAUGGCAGGAGGAACACUUUAGAAGGGUUUCGCCGGAAGGAAUUCCGUGGUAAGCUGGCAAUUGCUAUCACAGCAAACUUCAUCAAUCGCAACACCACAGCCGAAGCCAAAGUGGAGGAGAUCAGUGGUGUGGCCUUCAUAUUUAACCAGAAGUUCUUCCAGGAUCUGCGAGAAGCCACAGGUAUUGACUUGGAGAAUAUUGUCUACUACAAAGAUGAUACUCACUACUUCGUCAUGACUGCCAAAAAGCAGAGUUUGCUGGACAAAGGGGUGAUACUGCAUGACUAUGCGGACACAGAGCUGUUACUCUCACGGGAGAAUGUGGACCAGGAGGCGUUGCUCAACUAUGCCAGGGAAGCAGCUGACUUUUCUACCAAUCAGCAGCUGCCAUCACUGGACUUUGCCAUCAAUCACUAUGGGCAGCCUGAUGUGGCCAUGUUUGACUUCACAUGUAUGUACGCAUCAGAGAAUGCAGCAAUGGUGCGAGAGCAGAAUGGCCAUCAGCUGCUUGUGGCACUGGUUGGGGACAGUCUGUUGGAGCCAUUCUGGCCGAUGGGAACUGGAAUAGCCAGGGGCUUUCUGGCUGCCAUGGAUUCUGCUUGGAUGGUACGAAGCUGGUCUCAGGGAACUAGCCCUUUGGAGGUCCUUGCAGAGAGGGAAAGCAUUUACAGGCUGCUGCCUCAGACCACCCCUGAGAAUGUGAGUAAAAACUUCAGCCAGUACAGCAUCGAUCCUGUCACCCGGUAUCCCAAUAUCAACGUCAACUUCCUGCGGCCAAACCAGGUGCGCCACUUGUAUGAUACAGGAGACCUGAAAGACAUUCACCUUGAAAUAGAGAACUUGGUGAACUCCAGGACACCAAAGCUGACCCGGAAUGAGUCUGUAGCUCGUUCCAGUAAAUUGCUUGGUUGGUGCCAAAGGCAGACUGAUGGGUAUGCUGGUGUGAAUGUAACAGAUCUCACAAUGUCAUGGAAGAGUGGCCUAGCCUUGUGUGCUAUUAUCCACAGAUACCGUCCUGACUUGAUAGACUUUGAUUCUCUGGAUGAACGUAAUGUGGAGAAGAAUAACCAGCUGGCAUUUGACAUUGCUGAAAAGGAGUUUGGAAUCUCUCCUAUCAUGACUGGAAAGGACAUGGCAUCUGUUGGGGAGCCAGACAAGUUGUCCAUGGUGAUGUACCUCACACAGUUCUAUGAGAUGUUCAAGGAUUCCAUUCCUUCCAGUGAGACUCUGGAUCUGAACGCAGAAGAGAAAGCUGCUCUAAUUGCCAGUACCAAGUCUCCAAUCUCUUUUCUUAGCAAACUAGGGCAGAGCAUCUCCCGAAAACGAACUCCAAAGGUAGCCAUACCCUACUAUGUAUACUUUAACCCUGAGAGCACUAGAAUUUGGCAGGCUGACAGCCAAAUAAGCGCUAAGAAGCGUGCGAGAGAGAGAGAUAAAAAGGAGAAGGAACUGGAUGGUGCAGGAAAGAGGAGAAAGACCAGCCAGUCAGAGGACGAGGAAGCCCCCCGAAGCUAUAGGGAGGAGAGGCCCACACUUGUGAGCGCCCUGACAGAGAGGAGAAUUGAUGCUGCCAUCGGGAACCAGAACAAGGUGAAGUCCAUGGCAACCCAGCUGCUGGCCAAAUUCGAGGAGAAUGCACCGGUGCAGUCCACAGGCUUACGGAGACAGCCUGUCCUGCCUUAUCAGGAACGUGUUCACAACCAGCUAUCCUGCAGACAGCGAGAGCAAGGCCGCCUUGCUCCCAUGCCUCAGUGGAAACAGCUGAGAAAUAAGGAGCGUUCAAGAACCUGCCCUAAAAAAGUGAUCACGCUCUCUCCUUCCUCUUCUCCACCUUCCUCUCCAGGGUAUCCCAGCCAGCAGACAAACAGGGAGCCUGGUGCUGACCCCCCUGGGGAGCAGAGUCCCAGACAGGAAAGGAGAUCUCCUCGGUUUUUUUCUGGUGACCAAGUGCCUGAGCAAGCACUGAAUGUUGAGCAGAGGGCAUGCCAACUGGCUGCCCUCCUGGAGCCAAGACUGACAAUCAGGCAUCAGCCAGAGACUGAACCGUCUCGUCGAUUCUUUGUUGACCAGUGGGAACGCUCCCUUUGCCUCCGUACUUCCAACCGCCCUUCUUCACCCUCAUCUGACUCCCUUCGACAGAAGUAUAUAAAGAUGUACACAGGCGGAGUGAGCUCAUUGGCUGAGCAGAUAGCCAAUCAGCUUCAAAGGAAAGAACAGCCCAAAACCCUUCUAGACAAGAAGGAACUGGGCUCACUCAAAAAGGAGUUUCCCCAGAAUUUGGGAGGCAGUGAUGUCUGUUACUUCUGCCGCAAGCGGGUCUACGUGAUGGAAAGGCUGAGUGCUGAAGGCAAGUUCUUCCACCGCAGCUGCUUCAAGUGCGAAUACUGUGCCACCACCCUGCGCUUAUCAUGUUACGCCUACGACAUUGAAGAUGGUAAAUUCUACUGUAAACCUCACUACUGUUACCGACUCUCUGGAUAUGCUCAAAGGAAGAGACCAGCAGUGGGUACUCUGUCAGGAAAGGACAACAAAGGAUCCCUGCAGGAAGCCAUGGCAGCUGAAGCAAGUGGACGGGCAAAUUCCAUAGCCAUUUCGGCAGAGAGGACUCCAGGUCCUAAUGUCAAUGGAUUGGAGGAGCCCAGCCUGGCCAAGAGGCUGCGUGGCACACCUGAGCGCAUUGAGCUAGAGAAUUACCGGCUGUCACUGCAGCAGGAGGAGGAACUGGAAGAGGUUCCCGAGGAGACCCUGGCAGAGCAUAACCUGAGCAGUGUACUAGACAAAAGAACAGAAGAGGAUGUGCCCAGCAGUAGUUCAGAAUCCGAGAUGGAGGAGGAGGAGGAGGAGGAGGAAGAGGAACCCCUGCAGCCACAGCUACCCACCUCAGACCUGGGAGGUGUGCCUUGGAAAGAGGCUGUGCGAAUCCAUGCCCUUCUGAAGGGAAAGAACGAGGAAGAGCUUGAAAGUCAGAAAAACCACAAGGCUGAAGACAGGGAAGAGGAGGGGGAAGAAGAGGAGGACACAGAGUCUAGUGAAGAGGGAGAGUAUUACCCAUGGGCAAGAGAGCUCCAGCAAGGCCUCUGGCUUCAACGUCUCUCAAAUGAAGAGGACACGGGUACUUUUAAAGCUGGAAACCUGAGGCUACAGCAGAUUGUAAAUCCGAUAGAUCCCCUGGAGAUCCUGGCAGAUGUGCACUGGACACACAUCCGCGAGAAAGAGGAGGAGGAAAAAAUGGUCCCAAUUUCAAAGUCCUCCACCUCCAGAGCAUCCGACCUUCCCUCCGUACGCCGUGAGGCGGUGCAGGCAUGGCUGGAGACGGUCUCUGGAGCCCCAUUUGAGGAGAAUGAAGUGGAGGAUGAGGUGGGCACAGAGCCAGCAGAUACAGAAGGGGAAGCAGGCGAAGAUGGAGACACAGGUGCAGAGCUGGAUGAUGAUCAAAGAUGGUCAGAUGACACCCCACCUGAUGCAGAAGAUGAGUGUCACUUACCUCAAGGGGACAUGGAAGAGCCAGAAUUGAAAGUUUCUGAGGAUGAGGGUGAGCGAGAGGCCACAGCUCCCUGCUGUCUGACAGAAGAUCCAUGCAAACCCUCCACCCCGAUCUGGUCACCCAAUGAGACUGCUGUUCCUCAGUCCCCAGUUGGUAGUCCCAGUGCAGAACAAAUAGAGAAGGUAGAGGAUCACCUCACGGCAGUGCCCUGCAUGGACAAAUCUCCAGAGACACGCUUUUUUCGUGAACCAUUCCUCCUUGAAGAAAGUCCAAAAGAUGAAAUCCUUGAAGAUCAGAAAGUUAAAAGCCCUUCUGUCUCUCUUUCUCCAAUACGGUCCCAACCAGUUGCAUUGCCAGAAGCCAUCACACCUGCAUCACCAGUGCAGUCUCAGCCAGCAACACCUAUGUUGGCUUCAUCCCCCGCCUCUGCCCAGUGGCCUAUCUGUUCCCAGCCUUUGCCGUCUGCUGAAGCACCCAUUCCAUCUCCAGUGGAACCUCCAGUGUGCUUUCAGCCUGUACCAGCCUUAACAUCCACUCCUCUGGCCCAACUUGCCCUAAAGAGCCAAGAUAAGGAGGUGGGAAAAUUGGGGAGCCCUACUACUGCAGAAGAAGCCCUGAAACGGAAUAACCUCGUAGAGGAGUUCUGGAUGAAGAGCGCUGAAAUCCGGAGGAGUCUGGGGCUCACUCCAGUGAACAGAAGCAAAGGGUCAGAGCCUAGCUUUACUGUCUCAGCCCUUGAGUCAGCUCCGCUGAGUGUUUCAGAGGAGGAGGGGAUCCAUCUUGUAAAACCCCAGCCUGCCCCAAGAAGGCUGAUCAUGUCCAAACUAGACAGUGAGCAGAUGUCUCUGCUGACUCCAAAAUCUCCUUCAGACAAAGAGCUGAAGAGUUCCAAUGAAGUAAAGAGAGACUUAUCCAGCAGCUCUGGAUUGGGUCUGCAUGGAAGUUCAUCCAACAUGAGGACAUUGGCCAGCCAGAGCUUCAAUACUUCUGAUUCCACUAUGCUCACUCCACCAUCAAGCCCUCCCCCACCACCUCCUCAAAAUGAAGCACCAGCAACUUUGCGUAGAAAGAGGCAUCAGACAAUUUGGCAGAAUGAGACAGAAUCUAAGCCAGCACCAGCACCAACACCUCCUGCACCCUCACCUUAUGAGCACAACCCUCCUGCCAAAGAGUCAACCCAGGGCUCAAAAGAAGAGGUGCGGAAGUCAUUUGUGGAGAGUGUGGAUGAGAUUCCAUUUGCUGAUGAUGUAGAAGACACUUAUGAUGAGAGAACUGAGGAUACAAGUCUUCAUGAAAAGUUCUUUACACCCCCUACCAGUAGGCCAAGGCCAGAGAAGCCUCUUCACCUGCCAUUGGUCAAAGAGAAUGGUGGACCUCCAUCAAUGGAAGGAGAAGCGAACCAAAGGAAGAGAGUGCUGCCUCAAAUCUCUCCAGAAGCCAAGGAGCUAGCUGAGGAAAGAAUGAGAGCCAGAGAGAAAUCUGUAAAGAGUCAGGCAUUGCGGGAUGCCAUGGCUAAGCAGUUGUGUAAGAUGAAAGAUCUGGAGACGGCUGCAGCUGCUGCGGCCACCAAGGCACGAAAAGCCUCCUCCAUGCCCUUGAAGCCCAAAGAGAGAGGUUUUGAGUCCUCAGCACAUUUGGCCGUGAAAGCAGCAGAGGGCCCCACGCUGAAACAUGAUGCUGCUAAUGAAAGGUUCCUCUCCCCCCCUGUUGACAUUGCUGGGCCCGAAGGGUCCGUCACCUCCUCAGAGGGCUCCAGUGGGAAAAGUAAGAAAAGGACUUCUCUCUUCUCCCCUCGUAAGAACAAAAAGGAGAAGAAAUCCAAGAAUGACAGCCGGCUUUCUGACAAAUCAAGUGGCAUGGCCGAGGAAGCCACCAAGCCCAGAUCAUUGUGGAAGUCUGUUUUUUCUGGGUACAAGAAAGACAAGAAGAAAAAGACUGAUGACAAAUCCUGCCCUAGCACUCCUUCCAGUGGUGCCACAGUGGACUCUGGGAAGCACAAGGUCUCUCCAAUGGUUAGAGCAGCAGAUUUGCAGCUCCGUCGACACUUGAGUUUCUCAGAGGACUCUGACCUCUCCAGUGAUGAUGUUCUCGAACGAUCUUCUCAGAAAUCCAAGCGAGAGUCGAUUUAUGUACCACACGCCCUGGCAUUCAAGAGAUCAUACUCGUCAAAGAGAGCCUACACUGAGGAGGAGCUGAACGCCAAACUGACCAGGCGAGUGCAGAAAGCUGCCCGGCGACAAGCCAAGCAGGAGGAACUAAAGAGGUUACACAGAGCCCAGAUCAUCCAACGGCAGCUGGAGCAGGUAGAAGAGAAGCAGAGGCAGCUGGAGGAGAGGGGGGUUGCAGUGGAGAAGGCCCUUAGAGGAGAAGCAGACUAUUGGGGAGAGUCUUAUUACAGUGACCUCAUCGACUUGCACCUGGGUGUUGAGCCCAAUGCCGGGACACCACGUCGUAGACCUCUCUCCUUCUGCCCUUGCUGUGCCCAUGAAGGCAUGGGGAAGAAGGAUGAUCCAAAGCUGAUGCAGGAGUGGUUCAAGCUGGUGCAGGAGAAGAACGCGUUGGUGCGCUACGAGUCUGAGCUGAUGAUAUUUGCUCGAGAAUUGGAGCUGGAAGAUAGGCAGAGCCGGUUACAGCAGGAACUCCGGGAAAGGAUGGCAGUGGAAGAUCACCUGAAAACAGAUGAGGAGCUAUCAGAAGAGAAGAGGAUCCUGAAUGAGAUGCUAGAAGUCGUGGAGCAGAGAGACUCUCUGGUGGCCCUCCUUGAGGAGCAGCGGCUUCGAGAAAAAGAGGAGGACAAGGACCUGGAAGCUGUUAUGCUGUCCAAGGGCUCUAGCUUGAACUGGUCCUGAGCUAACAUACUCACCUCUGCUGGUCUGUGCUAUCCAGCUGGCCUACGCUGAGUUUGCCAGAACUACCUGGAUCGAGAGAUCUUGAGGGGGAAACCUUGUUAAGGGUUCUGCAGCAUGCAGGAAUUCAGUUUGAAGCACCCAGAAGCCUUUUGAUAAUUGGGUUUGGUUCUAGAGGCUUGGGUCCCGCACAACGUCUGCAAACCAAGCUGAAGAUGAUGGCCUGAGAUUGCACAGUCUCUUUGGGUCCUAUACAAGGGGCCAUUCGCAUUUUGUGAUAUGAGGGAAAGGGGUAAACUUUUUGUAGAGAGAUUUAUUACCUUUUAAUGAGGAAAAACCCUUAACCAAACUGGAUUUGCUGCAGUCUGAUCUCUCUCCCUUUUUCCACUAUUAGCAUUUUUUAAUGAGAGGGAGAGAAGUGGAUACCCUCUCCUGAAAACCACAGCAGCCUGUAGCAGUUCUUGGGGGAGUUAACCAGCUAAAGGAGAGCUACUGAAGCCCAGAGCAGCACCUUUGUUUUAUUCUUCCUCCCCACCAAAGAAACAACCCUGAGGCGAGCAUUAUGCAUGGGUGUGAAGGAACACUGGAAAGAGAAAACUUUGGUGGUGGUUGUUUGAAACCUCUUCUGCCCGUCCUGGCUUUUGUGGAGACAAGGGCCUCAGAGGACACUCUCUCUCUCUCUCUCUCUCUAUCUUACUUUCUAGAGUUAUGGUUAUGAGAAGAAGAAUAGAGAGAGAGUGUGGCGUUCUCCCCCACUUUGCUACAUGCUGGACAGAGAGCUACUGCUGGUCUCGUGUCUUCAUGGCCACUGUUCAAUGGCUAAUAAGUUUAUCUAGUUUGUUUUUUGUUGCGACCAUUUUGACACUGGAAAAUACUGACUUUGUGGGACAAUGGUAAGUGUUUUGAGGGGCGGGGUCGUCAAAUGGCAUUCCCUAGCUUUUAAACCCAGAGAGGGAGCCACCUCUGGGUGAAACGUUGUUGAGACUCUUCAGUGUGUGUUCGGUUUUUUUCCCCCUCUAUUUCAUUUUUGCACAUCAGAAAUGAAGCUUAAGACCUGCCUGGGCCCUCAGUCACCUUGACCCUUUUAUGUCAAUUAACUUAUUUUUUUAAUACUUGAAAGAAGAUUCAUUUUUGUACCUUUUAAGAAACAAAUGGACAAAUGAGUGAUAGGUGUGUGCCUGCUGCAUCCCACAACCUCUGCUUCUACAUCACAGGACUCUUGUUACUUGUGGCUAUUUAUUAGUAUUGUUAUUAAUAAUGUUACUGUUACACUUCUUGGGUCUGGGAGGAGUGUGUGUUUUAACUCUAGGAGAGCAAGACACUACCGCAGAUUGGUCCCUGCUUUGUAUACAGGGCAGACUUCCUGGAUUCACGUAUGCAUCCUGCCCUAGCCAAGUCCUUUCUAUGAUGAUCUCCUGCACAUCCAUGGAGUUGUGAGAAACCAGUAGUGUUCAGAGCAGAUUUUCCCUCUAUAUCCCAGAUUCCCUGUCUCUGGACUAACAAACCUGUAAUUUAUUUAAAUACCAUUAAUAGUUUGUAACAAGAAAACCAAAACUGUGACCUAAAAAUUCUCCCCCACCAAUAGCUCUCCCUUCCACGCCACGUGAACCCUGCCACUGUAAGAGCUGCCUAGAAUGACUUCCAGCUUAGCAAAUGAGGCACAAUUCUUUCUGCAUCUGCCAAAGCAGGCUCCUUUCUGCUCCGCUCUCAGAGCUGCUGCCUUUGAUCCAGGAGGGUGCCCGUUGUACUCCUACUUGCAGUAGUGGGCAGGACAUACACUGAGCAAUCCAGCUACCAUGCUGGGAAGGACUCUGCAGUCUGUCACCAUUUGGCAGACUCCAGAAGUACACUACAUCCUUAACCCUUCCUACUGGGCAUAGGGCGUGAUGCCAUCCCUCUUUAACUUUGAAUUUCCUAGCCCCGUUUGUUUUUUGUCACAUCCUUAGCAUGAUCCAUUAUUAGUAUGUUUUUCUCUGGGGUUUAACAGCGAAGGAAGAUAGUUAAGCUUGCUUCCUCCGGUAUCUGAGAGCGUGUGUCCCAUUCGCAAACAAAUCCAUGCAGCAUCAUUGAGAUUGUUAAUGCUAUAGCCUGGUGGUGGAGCAGAUACACAAUCAGUGGGGUCUUUCUCAUUUAAUCUUCUGCUGUGUCUGAAAGGGACUCUCCCUUCUGCUUUGGGGGGAUUCCUUGAGUUACUCGCUUCCUGUGUUCAUAAAGGACAUGGAACCUUGCUUUUUGGCCAUCUGCUCUCUCCAGCAGAGUCCUCUGGAUUCCUGUGAGAGUUUGGAGGAGCCCCAUGUCUGUUUUCUCGACUUCGCACCGCUGUUAGGGACCCAUGCCAUGCCCACUGUACUUCAAGCAGAGGAGGAACGGAUAGGUCACUCUCCAGAGACCAUCUGCAAAGCUGUUUAGUUGGCUGUGGAAACAUACCUUCUCCCACCCGACCUCAGUCCAGCUAGCAGGGGCUGAGCAAGCUGUCUCCUGUGCUUCCUGCCCUUCACAUCCCAGGGAGUAUGUGACCACAAAUUAAACCCAAGAUCUAGCAAAGCAACGCAGAGAGCCAGCCACUAUGUUACUUAAUAGUGUUCGUGCUAGGUACCCAGAGCAAAGUUCCAGUGGAACGUCUGAACAUAGACCUUCACCUGCCUGUGUAGUGAAGGGGCAAGCUGUAGCUGCAGAACCAGCAGGGGGAGUUUACACACACUGUUUUUGUGGGUUGCACUGCAAAAAUGGUGACUCCUACCAAAAAAAACCCCAAAAUUUAGGGUGGCUCUUGCUGACUGUUUUCCUAAACCAGCCUUGACCCAUUUUAAUAGCGCACACUGUCUGAGGAACACAGCUGGUUUUGGACUGGAGAUCAUUAAAUACGCACUGCAAAUGAAAAAACAAAAAGCUACCCUGCCCUCCUCAUUUAUGCUGUAUAAAAAGAGCCUCUUAACAUAAUAUUUUUUAAAUUGCUGGUUGCUUGUUAUAGAAGAAAUAUGAGGUUCACACUUUUCUCUUUGUGCUGGAGGACUUGAAUAGUGAUGUCACACAAGGCUCUAAUCUGACAACAGCCCUCCCUGCCCCCAGCUAAAAGGGGGGUGGGAAGAUGCGUGUUCUUAAACUCUGCAACCCUUCAGGUCUCACUGGCCUCAGAGGAGAAAGUGAGGACCUAAUGCACAUGUAAAAACAAGAAAAAAAAAGAAAAACAAUUUAAAACCAAAAUUGAGGCUUGUUUUACCUCAUAAAAACCUGUAAAGGGCACAAUUUAUAUUUCCAGUUCAGUUAAAUUUUCAGAAAAUCCAUUACAUAAGCACUAGUUUUUAAUUAAAAAUAUUUAUUUGUUAGAAUGAAAUAUAGAGACUCUUGUCACGUGAAACGGUUUGGGUGCAUAUUUUCAAACUGCCUUCUUCUGCAACUGCAUCUGAGUAAGGUGUUCUACAGAGUUAUCCAUUGGGUAGGGUGAAUCAGGGCAACUGCUCUGGGCCCCACACUUUGGGGGGCCCCGCGGGCCACUACGAUUGGCCAACACAGUCAUGGAAGAGAUGAAUCCGUCACUUCCGCCUCGGGCCCCGCACCCUUCUAGGGACGGCCCUGGUGUUCUAACUCUUUGAGCUAGUAGAGUAGAUAAUAACACAACUGUGGCAAUGUGCAUUCAGUAAUACGUGCUGUCUUGAAUGUGAGGGAGACUAAAGGCCUUCAGCCUUGGAGUCUAUUAGUACAAGUGCGUGCCCCCGUAGAUAGUACUAACCAGACCAUGGGCUGGUGAAAGCUGAGUUUGGAACCUAAGCUCCAUGUCUAUUCCUUAACUGGCUGAGACUGGGAACGUGCAGGAGGCAGAGUACUAUGUCCCUGGGGAGGAAGGAGUCCUAGGCUUCAAACAGCUCGGAUGUGGAAGGAGGACAACUCAGCCCUGGGCUAGAGGGACAGGUUCAACCUAAUGUGAAGCCCUAGCCCUUGCUUGGGAGAGGAAAGAAUAAAAGAGGAAACGGGGGUGAGGGGGAGUCCCCAACCAAAAGAAUUAGUUAUUUUAUUUUGGGGCAAUACAAAACCAAUUUCCAAACAAAAACCUCAUCUCAUGGGAACGAGAAUAUCUUUUAACAUGGAUUCAUUUUUAAGUAAUUCACCAAUGACUGUAAAAGCCACAGGGUCAUGUCCUGGGCUUCAACCCCAGCUGCUGCCCCUGUGAUAGGUGGCCUGAAGCUGCUCUUUAAAAAGAAACUCACAUUUCAGAUGAAAAAUGGAUUUGGAAGAGGGGUAGGGGUUGAUUUGAAAAGCAAACUGCAUUGACUAGUUAUAAUCCCUUAGGGUAUCUCUCCGCCGCAGGGGGGAGCAUGCCUCCCAGCCCGGGUAGGCAGACACAGACUAGCUCUGCAUGAGCCAGCAUGCUAAAAAUAGCACUGUAGACAUUGCAGCACAGGCUACCCACCCAAGUACAAGCCAGUCCAAGCCCGGCGGCUAGCCCCUGCUGCCACCCUUGCCGUAAUGUCCACGCUGCUAUUUUUAUUAGGAUAGCUCAAGCAGAGCUAGCGCGUGUCUCUACCUGAUCGGAGAGGCACCUUCCGACCUGCAGUGUGGACAUAACCUUAGUGCCUGAUCCUGCAAACAACAUACUACUGGGCAUAGCACUGACCACUGUGGGGAGUCCCUUCAGGGGGACGCCACAUGGUAGUAAGUACUAUUCUUGAUAACUCUUUGCAGCGUCGGGCACUUAGAUAUUACAAAAUGUUUCAAGCCAGCUUCUAGAAUCCCUGUCACUUGUUCAGUUUCUCCAACACAUGGGGAAUACCUUUCUCAGUAGCACCUGCCCCUUUGAUGCUGCAUCUCCGCUGGGAUCUUGUGAUGACUCGGAGUAGGGCUGCAUGAGUUUCACUGUUAGAAAGUGCCAAAGCUGGAAAGUUUCAGAAUUGGAAAGUUCUAGAAUAUGAUAACAAAAAUACAAAUCUGUAUAAGACUUACCUUACACCUUGAAGCUUUCCUGUACUUUCCGAUGGCAGUGCAGAUCUCUUCAGCCCUAUGUUAAUUCAUCCUGGCUUCUUUUUUGUUAAUUAAUUGUUUUUCAGUUCUAUUCGAGAUAUUUAACAUUUAUUUUUUACUCAUUUACUCUUCUUCCCACUGAACUUAGGAUCUUUCUUAUUAUACUCUAGUCUUCCGAGAACAGCUCCCACCUGAAGCAACGUGAUUUCAGAGUUGCAUGUCAGGAAUGUGAUCUCUGUUAGGAGCACAGUACCCAGGGUACAGCCCUGCCUGCUUUGGGCUGUAGCAUGCAACGAGCUCCAUGGCUUUUAAUUUCCAUUGUCUGAAAGUGAGCAUUAAAAAUAGACCUUGAUGGCAGUAUGCUUAGCCCCUGGGGUCAGUAACAAAUGCUCCCUCCCACCCCAUUCUCAUCCAGUAAUCCAGCCCUCCCCAGACUAAGUCUAAAUUACAACAGUGCAGGAAUAAAUAGGGCCCUAAUGUUUCACUAAGGAAAAAUUCCUGAUAUCCUUUUCCUUUUUAAUAAUUUUUUUGCUUGUUCAUGACUGUAUUGGUAUAAGAAAAGUUGCUAUGGUUAAGUAAUUCUGAUUUUAUAUGCAUGGCUGAUGCAUUGUGCCCUGAUUCCUUUGACUAGUCUUAUAAAAUGAAAUUAAAUAAUCCCCAUCUUUGAGAAAUGGCUCCUUCUGCUACGGGUCUCUCUGCAUCAGAGAUGUUCCCCCAAUCACUAGAAAGGUUAAACAUUCAUGAACUGCCCAUGCAAUAAUAACUCUGAAUCUCAGAGGUAGAACAGCAAGAGAGCUCAAUACUGGCUUCAUACUUCCUAAUGCACUUUGUGGGCUGAGCUGAAGAACAGCUGGGGCCGGCUCAUGGAGUGGCAAUGUGUGCUGCCUGGAGUUAAGUUCCCCUGUGCCUGGGAUGGGGUUCCCCUGAAAGUACUGGACAGAGUCAGACUCCCCUGUACCUAGAGUGGGAACUGACACCUCCACUCUAAGGGGCAAACUAAGAUGAGGCCAGCACUUGUGCUCAGGGCUGGGAUCAGGUUGAGUGCAGGGAUCAUCCUUUCAGAGGUGCAACUCAGGAGCCUGUCCUUGUACACUUGUGAAUCGUGAGAGUCAAUGCAACUUGGUGAGGCCCAAACCUACUGAAGAGCUCUGCUUCCCUACCUAUCCCAUGCCUGCUCUGGAGAUCAUUCCACCAGAGGAAAACCAUGCAAAGGGAAAGACAUGAAUAUCUUUCAGCUCUAACUUCCAAAUACACUUUUGUCUUUUUAACUUAACCAAAACCCCAUUUGUCCAACUGGGGCUGGAGAGUGGCUCUUCUUGUUGCAAACUCCAUUGCUAAGCAUAUCAGGAUAGGAUUAUAGAGCAACAGCAGGUUUUAAAACAGUCACAUGAAUCUGUUUUUCUCUCCAUCUGUCUCUGCAUUUCCUGUAAAUAUUUGUUUGUGUGUUGGCUGUACAAACACCAAUGGAUCCUCUGUUCACCCCGGCGGUCAAAAAAUGAGAUUUGCAGUGUCCAGGCCUCCAUCAGAACACAGUGCUUGCACAGAGCUAGUUAGCAUGUUUGUCUGCACUCUGUGGUGGAUUUUAAUAUUUUUAUACAUCCUAAUCAAGAACAUUUUAGAGCAUUUGAAAGGUCUAGAUUGCAUGAUCUGGAGCAGCCGUUGGUUCCAUUUUUUAACAGUUGAUUCUAAAACAUUCACCACCACCUCUUUGGUUAAAACUUUUAAAAUGAAUUUUUGAUUAACUGUUUACAUCGGCUGCUGAUGGAUAAGAAACACUGCAUAAUUUAAUCUCGUAUGUAAAAAUAUGAAAAGCCACAACAUGGCUCUCAGGAGUUGGAACUGUUACCAUCUGCAAUAAAAAGAAGUCUCUAAGUAUACCAUGAAACAGCCUGUAUAUAAUUCAUGGGAGAGAUCACUUCCUCCUUGACUGAUGCACGAUAACAGAGAUUAAAUGCUUUCUGAAUGUUCCUGCUUUUGGAGAUGCUUAGAAUGGUGCUAUAUAGGAAGUGGAGUUGAACAGACAAGGAUGUCAUGAAAGGUGUAGAUGUGAAGGGGAAAAUGCCAUGCCAUGCUGUGAUGGCACUGCAGUAAUUUAAAUAAUCUCUCACUCUCUGUCUGUCUGUCUCUCUCUCUCUCUCUCUCUCUCUAUAUAUAUAUAUAUAAAACGUAUGUAUAUGUGUGUGUGUGUGAAGUCCAGUCCAAUUGAAGGGAUUUGCUUUGGCACCUAUCCCUUGGGAUAUGAGUGAACGCUGAUAUUCAGACUGUUCAAGGCUUUUAUAGUUGGUGAGUGUGGAGUGUUAACAGGAAAGUGUGUAUCCUACGCGUAUAAAACAUCCAGCCUGUUUUCUUCAGUUUGGUUGUGUUUUAUUUUUUGUUUUUUAUGCACACUUGCUUUGUUGGUGUUGAGAUUUUAGCACCUCAGGUGGCCAACUGAACUAAAAAAUAAAGUCAUUCAUUAUUUUUUUU